AUUGGUCAAAUUUCGUCCCAUGCAAAAGAUAUUAUCGAAGCGGUUUUGGAAAAAAGGGAUGUGUUGGCAGUGAUGGCCACUGGGCACGGCAAAUCUCUGUGCUUUCAGUUGCCAGCUCUUCUGAAAAACGGAAUCACUCUUGUGAUAUCACCAUUGAUUUCUUUAAUGCAGUCCCAAGUGCACAGUAUGGUCAAAAUUGGCGUUUCAGCUUGUCUUUUGGGAUCAGCCCAAAACGAUACUACCAUUCUACAACGCGUUUUUGGAUAUGAAUUUAGUAUUGUCUAUUGCUGUCCUGAAUAUCUGCAGGGCCUUAACGGCAAGAAAUUAAUGACGACAUUGAAAGACCGUUUAACAUUGGUUGCCAUUGAUGAAGCACAUUCGAUAAGUCAAUGGGGCCACGAAUUCAGACAGGACUAUCUUAAACUUAAUAUCAUCAGAGAUAUCAUCCCGAAUGUUCCAAUUUUGGCUGUCACAGCUACAGCCACCAAAGACGUACGUAAUGAAAUAAUAAGAAUGGCUCGACUGAAUGCUCCACUUGUGAUCGUCACCGAACUCGAUCCGAAUCUUGAAUUUUUGAUUAAACGAAAAAGUGUCGGUAACCCUUGGCGUGAUUUGAAACCAUUGAUGGAAAAUGUGACCGGUAGCGUCAUCAUUUAUGUAUUGAGAAUUGUUGAGACAGACGAGGUUCAAGAGGCACUUGCUGAACAUGGAAUCGAAUCAUCAACGUAUCAUGCCGAUCUACCGAUGACGACCCGAUCAGACAUUGUAACAAAAUUCGUAGAGAAUGAGAUCAAAGUAGUUGUAGCGACGAUUUCCUUUGGCAUGGGUAUCGACAAGCCUGACGUCAGACUUGUGAUACACUAUGGCGCAUCAAAAAGCAUCGAGAGCUAUUAUCAAGAGGUUGGGCGCGCCGGCCGCGACGGAUUACAUGCGAAAGUUGUUACUUUUUUCGAUGAAAACGACUUCCAAUUGCAAGAAUUCUUCCUGACUCACAGAAAGGACCCCUUGCCAACUUUGACUUUGACUAAUCUGCGUAGACUUCGUGCCGAAUUUCGACAGUAUCUUUUUUCAACGACAUGCCGACGCCGUGCUAUUAAUCCUUCGAAUUCUUCAUCACCGCCAACACAUUUUGAUUUUAACGACGACUACGACAGUGAAGACGUAUCCAAUUACGAUGAAUACUGUUAUUAUAAUGGAUCAGAAGAUUUGAAUGAACACGAAAGCGAACAAGAAAGUGAGCACGAAAGUGAGCGUGAAAGCGAACACAAAGGUGAUCGUGAAAUCGAACACGAAAGUGAGCGUGAAAGCGAACACGAAAGUGAGCGUGAAAGCGAACACGAAAGUGAGCGUGAAAGCGAACACGAAAGUGAGCGUGAAAGCGAACACGAAAGUGAGAUUGAAAGCGAGCACGAAAGUGAGCGUGAAAGCGAACACGAAAAAGAGAUUGAAAGCGAGCACGAAAGUGAGCGUCAAAGCGAACACGAAAGCUCCGAUGGGAGUAACCUACGACAAGACGUAGAUGAGGAAGAGCAAGAGACGAGUUUUGAAUCUAAGAAUGCGUCACACAUUAACCAAACGACUGAUGCCGGCGAAACAAACUCAGAAGGAUCAAUUGGUGAAAUCGCCGCCAAGCGACCACGACUUUCUUAG